GAGCUUUACAGAAAUGUGAUGAUGAGCAACUGUGAGACUCUGGUGUCUUCUAAGGUCCUUGGCUAGCCAGAAGGAGAAGCGGAGCUGGGUGCAAAGAUGCUGGGUGACUUGAAGGAGGAAGGCUUUGCUGGAGCCUGCCCACGGGAAUGCUCUGAGGAUCUUCCUGGAGCGUUCUCAGGCACUGCAAAGGAGCAGGCUCUUCUGGCCCUGCAGCAGACUGAGCUCUGGGGCAGUCAGGGCAGUUCUGUCCUCCUGGACUCAGAUCCCAGGGACACUAAUGCAGAGGAGCCCACUGAGGGCAGCAGAGACCCUGGCAGUGACAGAGGUCUGGGCUGCCCCCUGAAGCAGAAAUUUAAUAGGCAGGUGCAACUGGGUCAGGAAUGUGGGCAUGGCCUGAAGCUGGAAAAGGAUACCUCCGUUUCCUACGAACCUUCUGAGUGCAAGAUCAGCUUCCGCUGUGAGGAGCAGCUGGCCACCUAUUUGCGGACCCACUCAGGGUGGGAGUCUCUCUCUGCCUCAGAGCUAGAGGACAGCCUUAGGCGCAGGUCACAGCUGAAGCCCCAGUCUACGAGGACAAACCAGAAUCAGUGUGAGGCGUGCAUGAGAAACUUCAGCUGCAGGGUGAGCCUGGUCACCCACCAGCACUGCCACUUGCAGGAGGGUAUCGGUGGUGUCCAUCAUGUCCAGGAGACGUUCUUGCCCAACAAACUGGUUGCUCUGUCCAGCCACAUGCCCUGAAGGAAAAGUCAGUUCCCUCAUCUGUGGUUACUGUGGCGAGAGCUUCAGCCACCUGUCGGAGCUGGUGCAGCACCCACGCAUCCACACUGCUGAGCAGCCCUGCAGCUGCACCGAGUGUGAAAGGAGCUUUGUCCAGAAGCAUCACUUCCGGGAGCACCAAAAGAUCCAACAGCAGGGGCGUAGCAGGCUGGUCCUGGAGCCUGGAAGGGUGUUUUAAGUGGUGCCAGCCCUCACCUGUUCAGGGAGCCAACGGGGCUGACAUUGGUCCCCCAGAGAGACACUGUGGAGAGUCAGGAACUGACUUCUUCCUGAGGGGAGCUGAUUUGUCUGACCUUGGCCAAGCCGCAGGCUGAGCCCCGGUCCUCAGAACUGUGUGGAGGAGGGGCAGGGCCAGGCCUGUCCCUACUGUCUGUUCUGCUGCUGAGUUUGCGUGUCUCUGGCACCUUCAAGGCUUGGCUUUUCCCAUCCAUGCUGACGCUCACGGACU